CGUCACAUCAGUAUUCCAUAAGGACAAGAUAUUGUUAUCGCUAAAUUUGGAUAACGAUAUUUCAAAUCCUGAUUAGACCAUUUGUUAUCAGUAUCUAUUGUUUGGUCAGACAGGACGUUAGUGUGUUGCAGUUAUGAUGAAGUCAAAAUUUUCCAGUUCUCUGGACGUGAUCCCACGACAGCGAAGUUUCGCCUGUCUUUCCUUGAAAUUUGGCAGCAUAUUUUCGGGUAUUAUUGUCAUUCUAUACUCAAUACUAGCGCUAGCUCAAUGCCUCAAGUCCAUCCUGCACCUGCCUGCAGAAUUCGACGUCAGCGAUUUUAACGUGGCCUUUGCGUAUACAGUGGUCAUUGGGCUGACGCUGACACAUGCAUUUACGCUGUUUCUUACAGCUAUAUUACUGGUUGGAGUUAUUAGGGAGAAACUGAAACUAAUAAAGCCCUGGAUUAUCUGGACAUCUAUACAAGUCAGUGUGUCCGUCCUGAUGUUCGUGCUAUGGAGUACCACGAGCCUCGUCAAUCACUCUAACGACAAUUCACUUCUGCUGUAUGCUAUCGAGUUCUUAGCGUUGAUGGUACGUUUCUACAUGCUCAUGAUAGUGGCGAGCUUUUACAAGCAAUUGGAAGAAAACGGAGAAGAAACAGAGAGACUGAAGAGUUUGCAUCAUAUCGAUAAUUGGUAUACUUCAGCUUAGAUCUUAAAUCACGCGAAAUACUUAUCAAAUUAACUUAUUUAUACGAUGUGUUAAAGGAAAACUGCAUUAUAUUUCAGGAUAAAACCUAGUACUAAUUUGAAUUGUACACUAGCUUCCCGCCCGCGGCUUCGCCCGCUUUGUCUAAAACCUAAUAAAUUAUAUACCUACGAAAACCUUUCUCUUGAAUCAUUCUUUCUAUUAAAAAAACC